AUGGCACUUACUUGGACUCAUAAAGACAGAGGAGAGAUUAGGGUUCAUGAGAAUUUGGAGGAACUAAGCAUAGACUUGGUAGAUUACAUAGCUGAGAUAUCAGAGGCAUCAAUUAAAGAACAUGGUGCUUUCUGCAUUGUGUUGUCAGGAGGCUCUCUCAUUAGCUUGAUCGGAAAAUUGAUCGAGACGCCUUACAACAAGAUUGUGGAUUGGGCUAAAUGGUAUGUCUUUUGGGCUGAUGAGCGCGUUGUAGCUAAGAGCCAUGACGAUAGCAACUACAAGCUCGCCAAGGAUACUCUCCUCUCUAAGGUAAAUGUGUUUCCGAGACACAUAUGCUCCAUCAACGACACAGUUUCCGCAGAGGAAGCUGCAACAGAGUAUGAGUUCGCCAUCAGACAGAUGGUGAGAACACGAACCGUGGCUGCGUCUGAGAACAGUGACUGUCCCAAGUUCGAUCUGAUCUUGCUUGGGAUGGGCUCGGAUGGGCAUGUGGCCUCGCUCUUCUCGAACCACCCAGCACUUGAGGUGAAAGACGAUUGGGUUACGUUCCUAACCAACUCUCCUAAACCGCCACCAGAGAGGAUCACAUUCACUCUGCCUGUCAUUAACUCAGCUGCAAAUGUCGUUAUAGUGGCAACCGGCGAAUCCAAAGCCGAUGCUAUCCACUUGGCAAUCGAUGAUUUGCCAUCACAAGAAAGCUCUCUGUCUCUGCCUGCAAGGCUGGUCCAGCCGAGCAACGGGAAUCUGAUCUGGUUUAUGGAUAAACCAGCGGGGUCUAAACUUGACCGGUUUAAAUUUUCCGAUUAG